AUGGCCGAAACAGAGAAUAUCGAGGAAGACGAUCUCUUCGCUGACCUGUACGCCGACGAUGAGACCGCUCCGAAAGCUGAACCCAUCGAUGUCAAGACCGAGGUUAUCGAACCAGCCGCGCCCGUAGAGCCAGAGGAGACUUCAAUUAAACAUGAGGACCACAAUGGCGAUGGAGAUCAACAAAUGUAUGGGGGCGGUGAGGAUGUAGAUGAUGAGAUAGACUUCAACCUUGGGGGCAACGGAGCAACUUAUGAUUCUCCAGCUCACCAUGAGGCACAUGGACCUGGCAUCAAGGAAGACGGGAAAAUGUUUAUUGGUGGCUUGAACUGGGAGACCACCGAUGAAUCGUUAAAGGAAUAUUUCUCCCAAUUCGGCGAGGUACUAGAAUGCACUGUUAUGAGAGAUGGUGCAUCUGGUCGAUCACGAGGUUUUGGCUUCUUGACCUUCAAGGAUGCCCGGACAGUUAACAUUGUGAUGGUAAAGGAACACUAUCUUGAUGGUAAAAUCGUAAACACCCAUACUUUCAUAAAUUCCCUCCGUCAAGUUCUUUCAAAAUCCAGCUCUCCUAUGAAAAGCAGCUUACAUAGUAUCAAGAUCGACCCUAAGAGAGCCAUCCCACGAGACGAGCAAGAACGCACUAGCAAGAUCUUUGUCGGUGGUGUCAGCCAAGAGGCCACAGAGCAGAACUUUAAAGAGUUCUUCAUGAAAUUCGGACGAGUCGUCGAUGCCACUCUCAUGAUGGACAAAGACACCGGUCGGCCACGAGGCUUCGGGUUUGUAACUUUCGACAGCGAAGCAGCUGUCGAUUUGUGUUUGGAACAACCCCUCGAAAUCCUUGGUAAGCCCAUCGAAGUCAAGAAAGCACAACCCCGUGGCAACAUGCGAGAGGAAGAGGAAGCUCGAGGAGGCGCUAGAGGCGGUCGGUUUCGAAAGGGAGGUAUGGAGGAAAACCAGAACAUGAACCAAGCUCCACAAGGUGGUGGUAACCAAAUGGCGCCCAGUGGUAUGACUCCUCAAGUCAUGGCCCAGUACUGGCAACGCAUGCAGCAAUACUUUGCAGUGAUGCAGCAGCAAAUAGCUAUGGGUCGAGGUAUCAAAUGCAAGCCAUGGCUAUGCAGAAUCAGAUGCAAGGAGGCGGGGGAGGAGGAGGAGGAGGAGGAGGAGGAGGCAGUCGGCCGCAGCCAAAGUCCACAGAGUCCUGGAAUGGGCGGUAUGAACCAGCAGAUGCAGCAACAGCUGAUGGCGCAAAUGCAGGGGAUGCAAGGAAUGGGCGGAGGAUCUGGCAGCCCUGCUGGUCCUGCUACCGGCAACAACUAUCAAGCUGGGGGUGGAAGUAAUCCGGGGGGGCGAAUUGGUACUCCUGGUUAUAAUGCAUAUGAGCAGCAAAUGUUCGAGCAACAAAAGUAUGAGCAGCAGCAAAUGCGACGAGUACAACGAGAUACUUCGCAGUAUGGAGGGGGUGGAGGCGGUGGAGGUUAUGGAGGUGGGCCGACUUCAUGGGAGGGCAUGUAUGACGAUGUUCCGCAACCAAACGUUCCAAGUGGAGGUCGAGGAGGAUUUAGUGGAGGCCGGGGAGGAAGCAAUCGUGGCUCUGCACCACCACCAAACGGACCCGUGAGUGCUCCGCCAGCCAAUGCUCCUACUGGGCCAAAGAACGCUGGCAGGCCGGGAGCAAAUUAUCGGGGUGGAGGCCGUGGUGGCAACCGAGGAUUCCAUCCGUAUGCUAGAGGCUAA